AUUUAUGAUUUUCAUUUUAUAUUUUCAAUAAUUAUUAUGGCUGAAAUGUUUCGUUUGAUAAUGAAAUCACAUUCAUUUUAUAUUGAAAAUCGUAAUCUACAAAUAACCGAUGAACAAUUACAAUUAUUGAUACGAAAUCGAAAACAAUCGUCUACAAAUCAAUCAAAAAAUAUGUGGACAAUUUUUCAAAUCUGGCAACAUCAAUCAUCACCACAGCCACAAUUCACGGCAUGGCUAUAUUUUCUAUUUGCACCGACAUUAAUUUAUCGACAUUCAUAUCCACGAACCAAAUCGAUUCGUUGGAAAUUCGUUGUCAAUUAUUCAUUGCAAUUGUUAUUCACUUUAAUUUUUUGGUGCUACUUAAAUAUGGCAAUCAUAAUCAAACAUAAUUUACAUCAAUUAAAUUUACAUAAAUAUUAUUGGCAUGAUAUGUUUGGUCAUCUAUUUAAUAUAUGGAUAAUGGGUAUAUUCAAUUAUUAUUGUCUAUUUUAUACAAUAUUUCAUUUAUGGCAUAAUAUUACUGGUGAACUAUUACGAUUUGCUGAUCGUCAUUAUUAUGAUUCAUUUUGGAAUGUUAAUUCACUGAAACAAUAUUAUCGACAAUGGAAUAUUAUUGUUCAGGAAUGGAUUUAUUAUUAUGUAUAUCUAUCUAUUCAUCAAUGGAUCAAAAAUCAUUUCUUAACAACAAUUUUCGUAACAAUUUUAUCGGCAUUUGUACAUGAAUUUAUUAUUGCCUUAAGUUUAGGAUUUUGUUUUCCAUUACUUUUUUUGUUGUUUGGUUUUGGUGGUUGUAAGUUUUUCUUUUUGAAAUCUUUGAUUUUUAAAAUAUUUUAUUUUCUCUCCCAACCAGUCAUUUGCGAUAUGAUAAAUCAUCAUAAUAUUGGCAAUAAAAGAUGGCAAAAUAUGUUUUUUAUAUUUCAAUUUCAUUUGGGAUUUGGUUUGAUGACAACAUUAUAUUUGUUAGAAGGUUUAUCAAGAAUAAAUUGUCCAAUAAUGACGACAGAAGAAAAUUUACAACAAUAUUUUAUACCAAGAAUGUUAACUUGUAUUACAAUCAAGUGAAUAAAUCAUGACAAUAAAUAAACAUUUUGAAAAUGAUCCAAAA